AUGGCAAAAAUCAUCUUGAGGCACCUCAUAGAGACACCAGUGCGUUAUCAGGAGGAGUUUGAAGCUCGAGGCUUGGAAGACUGCAGACUGGAUCAUGCUCUAUAUGCACUGCCUGGACCGACCAUCGAGGACCUGAGGAAAGUCAGAGGCACCCCGCAGGCUCUUGCAGAGGACUCAGCUUCCACCUCGACGCCGCCUGGAGAAGGCAAGUCCCGCUUCCAGAUCCUCCUGGACGUCGUCCAGUUCCUGCCGGAGGACAUCAUCAUCCAGACCUUCGAGGGCUGGCUGCUGAUCAAAGCGCAGCACGGAACCAGAAUGGACGAGCACGGGUUUAUAUCGCGGAGUUUCACCAGACAGUACAAACUGCCAGAUGGCGUCGAAACCAAAGAUUUGUCUGCCAUCCUCUGUCACGAUGGAAUCUUGGUGGUGGAGGUAAAGGAUCCGCUAGCGACCAAGUAA